AACUGUGAUCAUCAUCAUCAUCAUUUUUGUUACUGCCCAUAUUUUUUUCUGGUUUUUUUUCUCCCAUUUGAAAAACGAUACUGGAGAUUCUCAUCACAGUUAUUAUCUCUCCAUCAACAAUCAGACAUCAUCAUCGAUUCGCUCUACAUUUUUUUUCUGGUCCAAUCAUCAUCAUCAUCUGUUGUUGCACUUGUUGCACAGUUUGUUUGAAGGUCCAGUUUGUCUUGUUUUUUUUGGUUUUCUCUUUGUUUGUUAAAUUUGAUUGUAACGGUCGGUUGGUAGGUCAUCAUCAGUGGCUGUAAUAAUCGUCCUCGUUUUUCGGUCAGUCUCGUCAUUCGUUUAACGACGACGUCGUCGAAAGAAAUUAUGUUCCUAUAUUGAAUCUAAAUUUCAAGUUUUCGAAUUGAAUAAAUAUCCAAAAAAAAAAAUCGACUACGACGACGACAACGGAAAACUGUCCAUAAACUUAACGAUAAAAAUAUGCGUUUCACAAAUGUUGUGAUGUGGUCAUUUUUGACCACAUUUUUUAUUUUAUAUUUAAUCGCCAUACGUUUAGUACGUGGUCAAUUUUUACUAUCGUCAUCAACGUCAAGUGAACAGAAAUUUGUCGAUUUCAAUUAUCAUAAUCAUGAAUCAAUGGAAACAAUAAUGCGUACAUUUGCGCAAACAUAUCCAAAAUUAUGUAAACUAUACAGUAUUGGUAAAUCUGUACAAGGCCGUGAUCUAUGGGUUUUGUUGAUAACGAAAGAUCCAGAUGAAGAUGUAUUGUUGAAACCGAAUGUUAAAUAUGUUGCCAAUAUGCAUGGAAACGAGGCUGUUGGACGUGAAUUAUUAUUACAUCUAAUGGAACAUUUAUUGGCCAAUUAUGAAAUUGAUCCAUAUAUAAAAAGUUUAGUGGACAAUACAAGAAUCCAUCUGAUGCCAUCAAUGAAUCCGGAUGGUUUUGAAUUAUCACGUGAAGGACAAUGUCUUGGCGGUAAUGGUCGUUUUAAUAUGCGUGGUAUUGAUUUGAAUCGUAAUUUUCCGGAUAAAUUUUCCUUACGUAAUGAAAAAGAACAGGAAGAAGUGACGGCCAUACGUCGUUGGCUACAAACAGUACCGUUUGUAUUGUCAGCAAAUUUACAUGGUGGUGCAUUAGUUGCUAGUUAUCCAUAUGACAAUACACCAGUGAAUAUGUUAUCACGAUGGAAAUUAUCAUAUGAACCAUCAUUAACACCUGAUAAUGAUGUAUUCAAACAUUUGGCUGAAGUUUAUUCAUUCAAUCAUUUGACAAUGCAUCAAGGAAAACCAUGUCCAGAUGGAUCGAUUGAUUCGUUUCCAAAUGGUACAACUAAUGGUGCUAAAUGGUAUCCAUUUUCAGGUGGUAUGCAAGAUUAUAAUUAUGUACACGGUUCUUGUAUGGAAAUAACAUUGGAAUUAUCAUGCUGUAAAUAUCCAUCGCAUAUGAAAUUGCCAGAAUUUUGGCGACAAAACAAAAUGGCUUUGAUUGCCUAUCUGAAUGAAGUACAUCGUGGUGUACGUGGCAUUGUAACCGAUACGGCCAACGGUACACCCAUUUCAAAUGUCGAUAUCCGCAUUAAAGGACGUGAUAUACCAUUUAAAUCAACACAACGUGGUGAAUUUUGGCGUUUACUAUUGCCCGGUAGUUAUGUAUUGCAAGCAAAAGCAACUGGUUAUCAACCGUUGGAGAAACCGUUCCAUAUUAAUGAUGGACAAAUUACAUAUUUGAAUAUUGAAUUAACACCAUAUGGACAUCAGCAACAGUUGCCGUUAGUGAAUAAUCAACAACAUUUGGAUCAAUUUGUUCAUAAUCAUAAUUCAUUAUCAUCAUCAUCAUCAUCAAUUUGGCCAUCAUCAUUGAUUGAUCACUCAACGACAACAUUGAGACCGGUGAAUAAUAAUGGUGGUGGUGGUGGCAUAUGGUCCAAUGGAUGGAAUUCACGCCGUUUUCAAUCAUUUAUUUAUCCAAAUAUGCCAAAACGUAAUUCAUUUCAACCACAACAACAGCCAACAACAACAACAAUCAUUACGAUCACGAAGACCAACAUUUACAGAAUUAAUGAAUCAAUUUACAUCUAGCCAAGGCAAUAAUAAUCGUCGUUUUACUAUUUGGCCACGAUCAUGGAAUUUGAUCUCUAAUUAUAAUAGCCAUCAUAGAUCAUCAUCAUCAUCAUCAUCAUCUGCUUGAUUUUUUUUGGAUUCUGAUUCUAAUUCUGAUUUGUU